CAUGGGCGGCCCGCGGACCUGGGCGCUGCUCUGCCUGGGGCUCCUGCUCCCGGGAGGCAGCGCCGCGUGGAGCGUCGGGGGAGCCCCGUUCUCCGGACGCAGGAACUGGUGCUCAUAUGUGGUGACCCGCACCAUCUCAUGCCAUGUGCAAAAUGGCACUUACCUUCAGCGAGUGCUGCAGAAUUGCCCCUGGCCCAUGAGCUGCCCAGGGAACAGCUACAGAACCGUGCUGAGACCCACAUACAAGGUGAUGUACAAGACAGUGACCGCCCGAGAGUGGAGGUGCUGCCCCGGGCACUCCGGGGCUAGCUGCGAGGAAGUUGCAGGCUCCUCUGGCUUCGUGGAGCCCAGGUGGUCGGGCAACGCCAUGCGGCGGAUGGCGCUUCGGCCCACAGGCUUCUCAGGUUGUCUUAACUGCAGCAAAGUGUCUGAGCUGACGGAGCGGCUGCAGGUGCUGGAGGCCAAGGUGGCAGUGCUGACAGUCACCGAGAGAGCAGUGCCCCCGACACCAGCUUCCCCCGAGGACCCCGCCCCCCGAUGGGGCUCCCCAGCUGCUCAGGGUAGCCACGAGGAUGGAGACCUUCAAGGGCUACCGGGAGCCAGAGAAAACACGAGGGCCCCACUGCUCCCUCGAGAUGAUCGAGUUGGUACCCAGGGACUUCCUGGGUCCAUUGGCCCCAAGGGAGACAUUGGCAGCCGGGGCCCAAUGGGGAUGAGAGGCCCACCAGGUCCACAGGGUCCCCCAGGGAGCCCUGGCCAGGAUGGAGCUGUGGGUAUUCCUGGAGAGAGGGGACCUCCAGGCCCACCAGGGCCUCCUGGUCCCCCUGGUCCCCCAGCCCCUGUUGGACCACCCCAUGCCCGGAUCUCCCACAAUGGGGACCCAUUUCUGUCCAACACCUUCACUGAGACCAGCAGCCACUGGCCCCAGGGACCAGCUGGACCCCCAGGGCCCCCAGGGCCCAUGGGUCCCCCUGGACCUCCUGGUCCCAUGGGCAUCCCUGGGAGUCCUGGACAUAUGGGACCCCCAGGCCCCACUGGACCCAAAGGAAUCUCCGGCCACCCAGGAGAGAAGGGUGAGAGAGGACUGCGUGGGGAACCUGGCCCCCAAGGCUUCACGGGGCAGCCGGGAGAACCUGGCCCCAAAGGAGACCCUGGUGAGAAAAGCCACUGGGGGGAGGGGUUGCACCAACUACGCGAGGCUUUGAAGAUUUUAGCUGAGAGGGUUUUAAUCUUGGAAACAAUGAUUGGGCUCUAUGAACCAGAGGGGUCAGGGGCAGGCCCUGCCGGCACGGGUACCCCCAGCCUCCUGCGGGGCAAGAGGGGAGGACACGCAACCAACUACCGGAUCGUGGCCCCCAGGAGCCGCAACGAGAGAGGCUGAGGGCAGAGGCAGCCCCUCCGGGUGGGCCGGGCCAGGCUUCUCUUCCCAGCUUGGACUAAACCAGCUGCCUCCAGGGACCGCCUGUCCAUAUUUAUUAAUGUCUUCAGGGUCCUUUUUGCCACCUAGGCCUUUGAGGGAGGAAGUCUAGGUCCUGGUACCCUAUGCACAUCUGAUUCAUGAGGCUGAGCAGGGACUGAGGCCUGAGGGAGAGGUGGCCCAGGUGAGAGGUGAGGCCUUGCUCUGGGUCCUGGGCCUGUUUCCCUCUGUGAAAUGGGGUGAUGCAGGCCUAUGGGGAGGGGAUGGCAGGUUUGCAGUUUCUGUCUUCCCAUCAGCUGCCCAGGUAUCCAUGCCUGCAGGCACUGAGGGAGCUGGGGUUCUGCCCAGCCCUGGGCACAUGCAGGGAUGAUGAGGGAGGGCAGUCUCACCUCCCUUCUUCCCCAUCAAAACUCAGAGGAGCCCACCUGUGCUCCUCUCCUUGUUUUUCGGUGCUGAGUUCUCAACCUUGAGGUCAAGCUGCCUGGUCUUACAGGACUUUGGGAGCUCCUUGCCUCAGUUCUGUCCCGAGCCCCCAGCCCCUCCCAUGUCCCAGGUGGGGAGUCCGGGCAUGGAGAGGGAUGGGCCACCUGCUCCCACAAAGCUUGUGACAGACACCAGGAGGGAGGUGUCUACCAGCCAAUAAAGGCCCUCAGCCUGAAUUUCCCCCAGCCUGGUCUCAGUGUGUGCUCAGACGGGGGACAGUGGGACAGGAACAGGGCCCUCUUCUCAGUGGCCUCCAUUGCCCACCUGCAAAGCAGGUCUGAGGCUGGCCUCAUAGGGCUGAGGGGACCAGGCUCUAUUGGCCAUCACCUGGGACAUGGAGGCAGAGCACAGGCUCAGUCCACCACCACCCACCCCCAACCCAGGUGUCCAACAAUGGCUGUGCUAGGGGAGCAAGGAGCUGCAGAGACCUCAGAGCAUCUUCUAGACUGGGUGACCUGCAGCUUCCCCUGAGCCUGUUUUCUCACAUGAGGAAAUAAGACUGGUGGUGUGCCCCUCAGGCUUCCCGGUCCGUUUCUGGACCCUAGCUGGUGACCAAUAACAGGGUCAGUCUCCAGGUGACUAGAAUGUAAGCUGCUCCAGGAUAUAAAGCCCCCUGCUCUGCCCCUCAAAGUUCAACUUCCCAGAUGACCCUCUGCCUUACCUCUACCCCGGGCCCAUCAGCAACUCACACCCAUGCCCCACUCUCUGCCUUCUUAGAUCUGUCUACACACCUCUCCUCUCUGGGAAGGGGCAAGGACUGAAAGGGGCCAGGAGGGAGGAGCUGCUGCUUCAAAGCUGAGGAAGCUUCUCCCCCACCACACCUCCACCCAUUGCUGCCUGCCCACGGGGUCCAGCAGUGCACAGCCACCAGCCACUGAGCCUGCUCAGGGCCAGGCCUAGGAGACUGACUGAAAUGGCCCGUCCCUCAGGGUCACUGGGGCCUGUGGGCAGUGAACGGAUGGUAUUCCUGGGGAAUCAGGGAAGGUUUCCUGGACUGCAGUCUGAUCUCUGAUGGCUGAGACCUGAGGAUGGGUGAAAACUAGCUGGGAAACAAGUGAUGAAGAAUGUUCCUGGGCAGUGGGUCCAGCCCAGCAGAGGCCCAAGGUGGAAGACAGAGCUUCCUGGAGGAAGAGGCUGCAUGGUGCAGGAAC